AUGAAGACAAUCCCGAUCCAAUCUUUUCUCCUCCCCCUCCUUUUAUUCAUCUCCCUUUCCUUUUUGGAAGCCGGAGCACAGAGCGAAGCACAAGCUCUUCUCAAAUGGAAGUCCAGCUUGUUUCAGCCACAUGCUUUGAGCUCAUGUUUCCUUGCCAACUCUACCACCCCAUGCACAUGGUUUGGUGUCCGCUGCAACUCCGUAGGCAGCGUCGUGCGGCUGAGCGUACCCAAUGCCAACCUCAACGGCACCCUCGAUGACUUAGACUUUGCUUCUCUGCCCGGCCUCACCAAGCUCAACCUCAAUAUCAACCUCCUCUACGGCUCCAUUCCAUCAAACAUCUCUGCUCUCUCCAAGCUCACCGCAUUAGACCUGAGCAUCAACAACCUGAAUGGCACAAUCCCAGUAGAGAUCGGAAACAUGCCGGCACUGGCUAGCCUUGACCUCAGCAACAACCAAUUGGAGCGUGAGCUGCCGGACACCAUUGCUCAGCUUCCAAAUCUUGAGUUCAUUUCGGUCUCGAACAACAACCUCAGCGGUCACAUCCCUCGACACCUCGGCCAGAAUGGGCAUUUGAACAGUGUCAUCUUUUCAAACAAUAGCUUCUCAGGGGAAUUGCCUCCAGAUUUAUGCAAGGGCUUUGCUCUUCGGCCCUUGAUGGGCCUGAAUUUGGUUGGGCCGGGUUACGAGAGAGAACAAGGAUGGGAUUAG